AUGUACGAUGCGUACAAGCUAUACACAGAAACCAAUGUGGAGGGUUCGCGACGGGUGUCGAGCUUAUUAGGCGAUAAGGAAAUUGGAGCGGCGAGACAGGCGGGGGAGAACACGGUGCGGGCAAACGAGCACGCAGUAUUCGUGACGGCGGGAAAUCUCACCAGUUCUUCCAGCUUCGAUCUGGCGACGUACAACGCGCUCAGCGAUACACCAAACCCGGGCGGUGACGGCGUCCUUUCAGCCACAAUGCCCACCUCGAAUUCCGCUGCCAUCUCCAUUAGCGCUUCUGAUACGAGCGGGGCUAGAAACUUGAGCUACCGCCUAUACUGGAGUGACCUGUCCACCUGGACGGGGGCAGAGUAUGAAUGGGAGGUAACUUCCGGUUGCGUGAUCCCUACGGGUGGCCUCUCCUUGCUGGAGAAUCCGAGCUGCCUGUUCUCGUCCGCGUGCGGGAUGUACCGGGCGUCGGAAGGCAUGUUUGACUGGGUGACCCUGCCAAACGACACCGGCGAGUACAGCUUCGAGGCGCCGGUCUCGCGUGGGGCCCAGUACAUCUUCAACGUGGCCAUGUGGGACUCGAACGACGUCACGUCGGCCUACCGGGCGUCGAACAUGACAUUCACCUUCACCAAUUCUCAACAGUGCGUUGCUGACCAAGGCUGCCAGUCUCAGGUAAAGAUACCCUCUGGACCGACCUUCAACGCAAAUUAG